GUCCAGCAGCUGGACAUGGAGGACGAACACUCAUCACCUCUGUCAUUCUCCAGCAUUCUACACGAAGAGUCUGUGCAUCAGGCCCCUGCUGGACUCUCCAGAGAAACUGUGUUCCCUUCUUGCAUUCUUCCCCCCAAAGAAAUUCCUUCUUUGUCUCCCACUGCCCCCCAGCAAGGUGCCCUGCCCCAGACUGACAGUACUCCUAAGCAAGAGGCUUCUGGCCAGAUGUCACAUGUUCUCCGGAAGGGACCUUCACUCCUGUAUCCUGAGCAAGACACACACCACCAGGUAUCCCUGGCUUCCCAAGAAGAAACCCAGUGCCCUCCUUCAGCUGCUGGUCAGGGGACCCCUCUCCUUUCCCACUCCACCCACCAUCAGGAAGCCCCACCCCACUCUCCUGAAGUUCCUGAGAAAGACUCGCUGACCCUGUCACCUACUGGUCCAGAGACUGACAUGGACACCCUGCUCCAGAGUCCCACUUUGCAAAAGGACACUCCUUUCCAUACCUCUUCUGCAGCCGAGAAGGAACAGCCACUGCCCACCGCAGAGAUCACUCGCUUGGCUGUGUGGGCUGCUGUCCAGGCAGUGGAGAGGAAGCUGGAAGCCCAGGCCAUGCGGCUACUGACCCUGGAGGGCAGGACGGGGACCAAUGAGAAGAAGAUAGCAGACUGUGAGAGAACGGCUGUGGAGUUUGCAAACCAUCUGGAGAGCAAGUGGGUUGUGCUGGGGACCCUGCUGCAGGAGUAUGGACUGCUGCAGCGGAGGCUGGAGAACAUGGAGAACCUGCUGAAAAACAGAAAUUUCUGGAUCCUGCGGCUGCCCCCAGGCAGCAAUGGAGAAGUUCCCAAGGUCCCUGUCACAUUCGAUGAUGUCGCUGUCCACUUCUCAGAGCAGGAGUGGGGAAACCUCUCUGAGUGGCAGAAGGAGCUCUACAAGAAUGUAAUGAGGGGCAACUACGAGUCUCUGGUCUCCAUGGACUAUGCAAUAUCCAAACCAGACCUCAUGUCACAGAUGGAGCGCGGGGAAAGGCCAGCCAUGCAGGAGCAAGAGGACUCUGAGGAGGGUGAGACACCCACAGACCCCAGUGCUGCACACGAUGGCAUCGUGAUCAAGAUUGAGGUGCAGACCAAUGAUGAGGGCUCAGAAGGUCUGGAGACACCAGAGCCACUGAUGGGACAAGUGGAGGAACACGGCUUUCAGGACUCAGAGCUGGGUGACCCCUGUGGAGAGCAGCCAGACCUGGACAUGCAGGAACAAGAGAACACACUAGAGGAGUCCACCGAAGGCUCCAGUGAAUUCAGCGAGCUCAAGCAGAUGCUGGUGCAGCAGAGAAACUGCACAGAGGGGAUCGUGAUAAAGACUGAGGAGCAGGAGGAGGAUGAAGAAGAGGAAGAGGAGGACGAGCUGCCCCAGCACUUGCAAUCCCUUGGGCAGCUGUCCGGGAGAUAUGAGGCCAGUAUGUAUCAGACCCCCCUGCCUGGGGAGAUGUCCCCUGAGGGCGAGGAGAGCCCCCCACCCCUGCAGUUAGGCAACCCAGCAGUGAAGAGGCUGGCGCCCAGCAUUCAUGGGCAUUCCCACGGGCAUGGUGAGCGGCACCUGGGUGAGAACCGUGGGACCUCCAGCCAGCAGCAGAGGAACCGGCGUGGCGAGCGGCCCUUCACUUGCAUGGAGUGCGGCAAGAGCUUUCGGCUGAAGAUUAACCUCAUCAUCCACCAGCGCAACCACAUCAAGGAGGGGCCCUAUGAAUGUGCCGAGUGCGAGGUCAGCUUCCGCCACAAGCAGCAACUCACACUACACCAGCGUAUCCACCGGGUGCGCAGUGGCUACGCCUCCCCAGAGCGUGGCUCAGCCUUUACUCCCAAACACUCGCUCAAGCCACGGCCCAAAUCACCCAGCUCAGGCAGUGGUGGCGGCCCCAAGCCCUACAAGUGCCCAGAGUGUGACAGCAGCUUCAGCCACAAAUCAAGCCUGACCAAGCACCAGAUCACACACACGGGCGAGAGGCCCUACACGUGCCCGGAAUGUAAGAAGAGCUUCCGCCUGCACAUCAGCCUGGUUAUCCACCAGCGUGUACAUGCUGGCAAGCACGAGGUCUCCUUCAUUUGCAGCCUGUGUGGCAAGAGCUUCAGCCGCCCGUCGCACCUGCUGCGCCACCAGCGGACUCAUACCGGCGAAAGGCCCUUCAAGUGCCCAGAGUGCGAGAAGAGCUUCAGCGAAAAGUCUAAGCUCACCAACCACUGCCGCGUGCACUCGCGCGAACGGCCGCAUGCAUGCCCCGAGUGCGGCAAGAGCUUCAUCCGCAAGCACCAUCUGCUGGAACACCGACGAAUCCACACGGGUGAGCGGCCCUAUCACUGCGCUGAGUGUGGCAAGCGCUUCACACAGAAGCACCACCUGCUGGAGCACCAACGAGCUCACACGGGCGAGCGACCCUACCCUUGCACGCACUGCGCCAAGUGCUUCCGCUACAAGCAGUCACUCAAGUACCACCUGAGGACCCACACGGGCGAGUGA